AUGUUUUGUAACAAAAUCACAUCUUGUCAUACAUCAAAGGCUGCACACAGGAGAAAAAAUAUAUUCCUGUCAAUGAGUGCGGGAAAUGUUUUUCACAGAAGUCCCAUCUUUACACACAUCAGAGAUUCACACGGGGGAAAAAGCCAUAUUCCUGUUCUGAGUGUGGGAAAUGUUUUUCACAAAAAAUCGAGUCUUUACAGCCAUCAGAGAUAUCACACGGGGGGAAGCCGUUAUCCUGUCCUCAGUGCUGGAAAUGCUUUUCAGAGAGUCCGUUCUUUCCAGACAUCAGAGAUCUCAUCACGGGUGAAAAGCCAUUUUCCUGUCCUGAGUGUGGGAACUGUUUUACACAGAAGUCUAGUCUUUAUGUACAUCAGAGAUCUCACACAAGGGAGAAGCCUUAUUACCUGUCCUGAGUGCGGGAAUGUUUUCAGACAAGUCUAG